UGAAAUAUUGAGUGACUAUGUUUUAUAAAGAAACUACAGACAGCGGUCAAUCAGUAUUAAUUAGUAGUUUUUUUUAUUCUCUUUUCUUUUUCUCUGCUCAUACAUUUAUUACAGCUCCUUAUUAUCUGUCCCUCAAUGAAUUCAUUGAGGAUUCAAUCUGAGUUGGUGUUGCAUAUUUCAGCUAAGCAUGUGUUUUUGUAAUUGAUGAAAAUGAAAAAUAAUUUGUUUUGUAGCUAGGAAAAAGUUAUUUUCUCAUUAACAAAUGGUGACUAUUUCCUUGAUUAAUCCUAGAGAACAGUCUCACAGCCCAACGGGACGUCAUUAAAUAGCUUAUUUACAAUCGGUCCAAAACCCCAAAACAUUCAACGCACUAUUAAUAUAAAAAUGACCCUAUUAUUUGUUUUAUAUUGUUAGCGAUCCGUUAUUUUCAGAAUAAACGUUCACGACGGGUCCAGAUCUCAUUCGGAGAUUCCCUGCUGUUUAAAAAGGCCGUCUGAAAUCUGAUGCUAAGCGAGUUGACCGCAGCCUUUGGUCUUUGUACUGUAACCCCCCCCUCACACACCCCACCCCUCCUCAGAACAACAUCUACCCCUUGAGGCAACAGUGUGCACUCCCAUUAGCUGUGUGUUCAGGCCCAUCCGACACCUUGCUCUAAUCUCUGCACACAGACCGCGGUGUAUAAAGACGGCCCCACAUGGACUUCCGCAUCCAAAAGCGUCGUCUACGAGCAUCAGCACCUUCAGACAAAUAUGGAUCUCAGAGCAGUGUUUUCUCUUCUUCUGGUUCUGGGCCUCAGUUGUGCCGAAGAGGGCAUCGAUCAUGACACUGCUAAGGAAGAGGAUCUAACCACAGUUAUUAUGAGGAUGAACAACGGGUCAGAUGGCUAUCUGAUGGAAGGAGAUAUGGUGAUUCCAACAAAAAGGAAUGCCAUCAAGUGCAGUAAUUCAAGAGAUAGCUGUCUCUGGCCAAAGGGUGCUAGCGGCUUCGUGGAAGUCCCAUUCGAGAUGAGCGAUAAUUACGACGACACCGACAAGAGUGUGAUUUACGCCGCGAUGAACGAGUUCAGGGCCAAAACCUGCAUCCGCUUCGUUCCACGUCGCGGUGAGACCGCGUACCUGAGCAUCCAACCGAGAGCCGGGUGUUUCUCGUCGGUGGGCCGCGUCGGGUUCUUACAGGUGGUGUCACUGCAGAGGUUCGGCUGCGUGGUAAACGGCAUCGUUGAGCACGAGCUGAUGCACGCGCUGGGCUUCUACCACGAGCACACUCGCGCCGACCGCGACAAUUACGUCUCAAUCAAGUGGGACAACAUCUCUUCUGAUAUGCAGUAUAACUUUGUGAAACAGGAUUCGGAUUAUCUCAACACUCCGUAUGAUUACACAUCCGUGAUGCACUACGGAAAAACGGCCUUCGCAAAUCCGGGAACAGAAUCCAUGAUCCCGAUCCCCGACCCCAAAGUUCCCAUCGGGCAAAGAGUGACUAUGUCCCAAAUCGACCUUCUCCGGAUCAAGAGACUCUACAAGUGCUGAUGUCACCCAGGUGUUUGUUAACAUUCAUGUGACGUCAUGAUAAUAAAACUAUUUCAUUCACUCAAUUCUUUUGUCUUUUACUUG